AUGCCAUCAGAAGAGCAGCUUAGACAGAAGCAGGCAACAGAUGAAAGCCACCAACCUGAGAUGCUGCAAAUGUGGUUGAACGAAACGGGAACCACUGCCUCUGCUACCGAUGUCUGGUCUUCUGAACGAGCAAUGACCAAACCAAGACCCAGCACGAGCCACACCAAGUCACGACGGAAAUACACCAAUGCUGACGAUGCAGCAAAAGCGGCAUGA